AGGUCCAGUAAUUAAUCGCAAUCGAUAAUUCAUCCAAUCCAAUGAUUUUCAAUUUCAGGAGCAAAUAAGAAUUUUUUUUUUUGACAAAAUGUGAAUUCAUUUCAUAGAAAUGGCAUUAAGAUACAAGAAAGACUUGAAUCUAAAGCUGCUAAGACUUAGCAAUGAGCUAUCUAAGAACCCCCCCCCCCCCCCCCCCCCCCCCCCAAAAGAUUCUUAAACACAAGGUUAGGUCUGAGGGAAAAUCUAUUGGUACGCUUCAGAUUGCUCUUCCAUAAAUAUGGCUCUCUGAGAGAUUUGCAGGAGGCAUGUCUUUCUUUGGGUCAAUGAUUUAUGACAUACAAGGUGUCCAGCGUCGGCGGAAUUAUUGUGAUGGUGAAAACAAAUUGAAAAGGAGCAAAGAAGAGAAAAAGAUCAUACGAAAAUGAAGAAUAUACUAUCACGCGUUCAAUAAAUAAAAAGAUAAAAUGAUUUGUCUGUCACUUUUGCUACAAAGAAUGUGAAUUUCCAGUUAUAAUUUCCUAAUUUUAGCUAAAGUUAGGUAUAUUGAGUCAAUUGACCCAUUAAAGAAUACACAUAUAAUUUAUGUUCAUUUCAUUAGUUGAAAACCAAGGUCAAACUAAAUACGAUUAACCUAAAUCCAUUCUAUUAAAAGUACUUUGAUGAAACUAGAAUUUACCUAACAUAUAAUUUUAAAUUUUAUAGACAUUCAUUAAGGAUAACGUUCUAAAUUAAUUUUAAAUGAAUUAGUUUAAAAAUUAACUAAAUCAUAAUACUUUUCUAUUUCCUUUUAGUUUAGUUAUAAAUAUAUAUUUUCAAUUCCGUUCAAAAGAAGAAAUAAGAAACAAACAUUAAUUUUACUGUGAUUUAAAAUCAAUAUCAUUGAAAUUAUAUUAAUUCUUUGAUAUUAUUAAGUUUAAUAAUGUCAAAUCAAUUUCAAAUUAAUUUACUCAUAAUAUAUUUUUAAAAUAUAAAUUUAUAUUAUUUUUUAUUAUAUUUAAAUAUGUUGAGGUAAAUAUAUUUUAAUAAAUAAUUCAUUAAUUUCAUAAUUAGUAAUAUAAUACAAUUAUAUAUAAAUAUUAAUUCGGUUUAAAUUGAUAAAAAUUCUAUAAAAUCUAUAAUCCUAGUCUAUUUUAACGAACAAUAAAUAUUGUAAAAUAAAUAUUUCAAAAUCAGAUUAAAUUGAUAGUUUAACCUAUGUUAUUUUUAUUAGUAUGAAAUUAAUUUCAGCUAUUCCAAUAAAUAAAUAAAAUAUCAUGUACUGUCAGAAUGCAUUAAACUUGUCAACUAAAUAUGAAAAUAUAAUUGUUAACAUAUCUUAAAUCUUUACAUCUAUAGUGGGAAAAUUGACUUUUAAAUCCUCAACUUUCAAAAAUAAGCCAAAAAAACCUUCAACUCCAAAAUAGGCCAUUUUAAACAUGAACUCUUGGUCAAACACGAAAAAAUCAUCAACUAUCGUUGACCAUGCCUAAUUAAACCUUUAAUUAAUGGUCCGUUAAAUAAUGGUUAACAGACGUUUAGUCACUAAACGUCGUCGUUUUGUCUAAACUAAAAAACCCUAAUCUAAUCGAGCAAAAGCCCCAAUUCAUCAACAUCAAAUCCCUAGUUUCUCAAUUCAUUUCUUUGCUAAGAGGGAAAAGAUGGGUCCGAAGAUGAGACGUAGCAACAAGAAAAAAGGUUCGAGUAGAGUUGAAAAAGAGGUUCAAACCGAGCAGACAGUAGUUGAAACUGUUGCAGAAAGAAACGAUGGAGGAAGUGGAGAAAGAGAAGCGGGUAAAGAAGGAGAAGCGGGUCAACAAGGAGAAGCGGGUGGAGAAGGAGAAGUGGGUAACGAAGGAGAAGCGGGUGAACAAGGAGAAGCGGGUGGAGAAGGAGAAGUGGGCAACGAAGGAGAAGCGGGUGAACAAGGAGAAGCGGGUGGAGAAGGAGAAGACGAUGGAGAAGAUGAUUGUGAAGCUAUUGUCGAUGAUGAUGAGGAUGAGCUAGAAGAGGACGAGGUCAAUGGAAUCAGAGUCGAUGAAGAAGAUUGUGAAGAUUUAGGAGUUCACUUUGGAGAUGUUGCUAGAGAACCAGAGGAAGAUAUUGAUGCAGACAGCGGCGACGACAUCUGGGAUGAAGAUACCAUUCCCGAUCCAUUAUCAUCUGACGACGACGAAGAAGCUGUGAUUCGUAAGGAGACGCGUGCCAAUACAGUCGACAGUGAAGAGCUCUUGUUCCUGGGAAAGACGUUCAACUGUGCUGCUGAUUUCAAGGUUGCAUUGCUAAGGUACUCUCUACGGACUAGGUAUGACAUUAAACUCUACAAGUCAAAUGCAAAGCAGCUUGGUGCAAAAUGUUCAGACAAAGAGACAGAGUGUCCAUGGAGAGUGUAUUGUUCUUAUGAGAGGAGGAAGCACAAAAUGCAGAUUAAAGUCUACAUCAAUGAGCAUAUAUGUCUGAGAUCGGGCUACUCUAAGAUGUUAAAAAGAUCAUCAAUUGCGUCAAUCUUCGAAGAUAGAUUGAGGAUAAACCCGAAGUUCACUAAGAAGGAAAUGGUUGCUGAGAUAAAGAGAGAGUUCAAUUUAAUUGUCACUGAGGAGCAAUGCGCGAAAGCCAAGUCAAAACUCUACCGAGAAAGGAAAGCUGGUCAUGAAUUACACUUCUCGCGCAUAUGGGAUUAUAAGGCAGAGCUGAUGAGAUCGAACCCAUAUUCUACUGUGGUGAUUGAGACUAUUCCAGGGGCUACUCCAACAAGCAAACAGCGAUUUGAUCGCAUGUAUGUUUGUUUUACAUCACAAAGAGAAACUUGGGUUGAAAGUUGUAGGCCUAUCAUCGGGUUAGAUGGUGCAUUCUUGAAGUGGGAUAUCAAAGGCCAUCUACUAGCUGCUGUUGGAAGAGAUGGAGAUAAUAGGAUAGUACCAAUCGCAUGGGCUGUGGUUGAGAUUGAGAAUAAUAUCAAUUGGGAAUGGUUUGUGAAGCUCAUCAAAGCUGAUUUGGGACUGGAAAGUGGUGCUAAGAUCACAAUAAUCUCGGACAAGCAAAAGGGACUGGUGAAUGCUGUGAAAGAAGAGCUUCCAGAUGCUGAACAUAGAAUGUGUGCAAGACACAUUUUAGCCAACUGGAAGAGAGAUAGCAAAGAUCCACAACUAGAGAUUCUAUUUUGGAGAAUAGCACGCAGCUACACCGAAGGAGAUUACAAGGACAAUCUGAAAGCCCUUAGGGAUUUUAGUCCAGGUGCGUAUGAUUCUCUACUUAGAACAAACCCUGAAGCAUGGUCUAGGGCUUACUUUAGAAUAGGAUCAUGUUGUAAUGACAACCUCAACAACCUUAGUGAGUCUUUCAAUAAGACCAUAAAGGAAGCCAGAAAGAAACCGUUGCUUGAGUUAUUAGACGACAUAAGGAGACAGUGUAUGGUUCGUAAUGCCAAAAGAGCUUUGGUAGCUUCACGGUUGAAGACAAGAUUCACUAAGAGAGCACAUAAGGAAAUAGAAGCUACUAAAGAAAAGGCAAAGGAUUGCAGAAGGUUUACAGCUUGUGGAGAUCUUCAUGAGAUUGUAGAAUCUGAUAUUGCAUACACGGUGGAUAUGCAAGCUAGAACUUGCGGCUGUAUAAAGUGGCAGUUGACAGGCAUACCGUGUAUCCAUGCCUCAUGUGUUAUCAUGGCGAAGAAGCUAAGCUUUGGUGACUUUGUGUCUAACUAUUACACAGCGAACAUGUGGCGGUUAACCUAUUCUCGUGGUAUUAGACCUGUUCAAGGUAUGAAAUUAUGGCCUAGACUUAAUAGGUUACCUGUCUUACCACCGCCCUAUAGAUUAGGAAACCGAGGUCGACCAAGCAACUAUGAGAGAAAGAAAGGCCAAAAUGAAUCUUCUUCAUCAACAAAGUUAUCUCGAGAUAGGCGUGUGAUCACCUGUUCUAACUGCCAUGAAGAAAACCACAACAAAGCUACAUGCACAAAUUCCACUGUUGAGCCACCACCAAAAAGGCCAAGAGGACGACCAAGAAUUCAUUUUCAGGGAGAAACAUCGGAAGGGCUGUCUCAAGGACCAUCACAAGAGAUUCCUCAAGGAUCACAAAUAGGAUGAAGUGUUUUCGGCUGUCUUAUGGAAUGCUUUGUCUCAGAUGUCUCAGUUUUAUGUUUUCUGUUUGCGGUUUUCUUGUGUUUUGGAUGCUCUGUUUCGGAAAUGUGUGUCUUAUAUUUGGAUGAUGUGUCUUGUAUCUUGGAUGCUUUUUGGAUGCUUUGUUCUGUGUUUCAGGAUGCUUUAUCUAUGUUAAAGAUGUUUAAGA